UGUUAAUAGCAGAUACGAUGGUAUAGUAAAAUGAAUCUGAAGAGGCUCCGUCUCAGGCAUCAGCAUGGCCUGUUCUUUAAUAAUCUCACAAAACAUUCUCGCACAUGUUAAAAAGUAGUUGUCUGCGAAUUUGGAUGCAAUGUUUGAACUCCGUAGCUGUUGAUGUCGUUUCUCGUGGUGAAAAAUAAAAAGAUGUUGGUCCAGUUGAAACCAGCUUAUUAGGUCAUAGUGGGCUCAGAAGGCACCGGCCCGUGAUCCUUCCACCGUCGAAAGCGGGAGGUGGACGCUGCUCUGUGAAACCAGCCUCACGCAGUCUCCUCCGCUCUAAGAGUGCCCGAACCACAAGCCUUCGCUCGAGCCCGAACCCUCAACUCCCGACUUGGAAUGGGCAGGCCAGUGAAUAGCCAACCCGAACCCGGCCUAAUGAGAUCGGCCCAUAGUUCCAACAUCUUGUUGUCUCCACUCGGAUCACAAGCCCGCGUUACCAAGCUCGACGUGCACUUCUUGCGAGUUAAUCUUAUAUAUACAACAGAGAAAAGCUUGUUUGUUCCGAUGUGGGACGUUUAACAACUAAAAAUAACAUCUCACUUCCAACGACGCCGUUUUCUAUUCUUCAGUCUACAAUGGUCCAGUUUCUGAUUUGUUUCUUUGCUAAAUCAAGGUAUGGGUUCUGAUAAACUCGGUACUCAUUGAGACGAUUCCCUGAUAUGUUAGAUGUUCAUUGGCUCUAUGCACGGCCUCCACAGAUCAUUGCGACAUUUGGGAAGAACAGUAGAUUAUAACUUUACGUGCCUAUUCCAAAGAUCAGACCCUAAUGAUACACUGCAGCCGCAGGAGAGGCUUAUAUGGUAGUUCUUUUUACUUUGUUGCAUGAUAAGAUGUCUCUCGUUUGAGACAUUGAAACCUGCAACUUAAGGGCAGGCAUGAUAAUUCAUAUUUUUCUUUACGAAUAUAUUGAUUAAGUCUUUGCAUAAUACUAUAGUAGAUAGAGAAUGAUAUUUCCAAAUGCGCACACAAGAGAUUGGUAUACGGUGCUUGGUCCCCUUAGAAUUUCAAUUAAUCCAAUCCAAUAUGAUCAAACUGAUUACUAAUCACAUCAGUUCACGUGUUAAAUCCUUUUGCGAAAGCUCAUUUGGUUCGCUCCGACACUGAUUCCGAUUACGUGCUGACCAAGAAUUGGAAAAGGAAACAGAAGAGAAGAAAGCAUCUUUCAUAGAGAAUAUCCUAAGAAGAAAGAAAUUCAUACUGCUCUUAGAUGAUCUGUGGAGCGCGGUAGAUUUGAACAAGAUUGGAGUUCCACGUCCAACUCAAGAAAAUGGAUCGAAGAUAGUUUUCACCACUCGUAAAAAGGAAGUUUGCAGACACAUGAGAGCUGAUGAUAAGUUGCAAAUUGAUUGUUUGCCAAGGAAUGAAGCGUGGGAACUGUUUCGAAGUAUAGUUGGAGAAGCCCCAUUAAAGAAGGAUUCGGAAAUUCUCACAUUAAGAGAGUUUCAGAGACACGAACAGGAGUAAGGAAGCUGAUGAAUGAGGCUCCGAAUCCCCGUUGCAUAUGUCAUAUGUGUGUGAGUGUAUCCUCUCAGUUUCUUAAACUUGGUUUUGGGUUUUAUGUUCUGCUUUUGCUUGAAUGUCAUUGUUGUCAAAGUUGUAUUUGUCAAAGCUGGAAACUUUUCAUUGUUUGCAUUUCCACUUCUCUCCAGUUUGUAACCAUUUGAUACAUUUUCCACAAAGCUUUCACUUGUGUGUGUGUUCUAGUUCAUGUAUCUCUAACGCAAACUCUUGACGCAAAACCGCAUUGUUAAUAGUAAGAACGACAGUGCGCAAGACCUUCUGUUUGAAUGAUUUAUGUUCUCUUCUCUUAACUGGGAGGGAGACAUUCAGAGUCAAAAGAAGAAGGCUUCCUGAUCGAUGUUUCUCAAGAAGGUCAUAUGAAAGCUACACAGUCUGCAAAUGGAAGAAUGCAUCUCAUCUGCAUCUUUCAAGAAGCACCUCAAGACGAUCAUCUUUCAGCUGGCUUAAUCUGGUCACCUAUACCAAACAAGAACAACGGUUCUUCCAAGAGCAACCUAAGCAACAACCUCCACCAUUUGCAAGUUCUUGAUUCACAAGUCUAACUCCCCAUCUCUUAAGCAACAAGAGUCAACUACCAAACUACACAGCACAAGAUUCCAAGUCCCAAAGUUGUUGCAGAUUUUUUGCUGAGUGCUCCGUCAAUUAAGAAAAUGAGAGACAUGUUUUAAAACUUUCUGAUCACAAUACCGUUGGAUACGAGAAACCAACCAGCCAUGUCGUGAGUUUUCAAGUCUCAGAAUUUCCAAUAAAAAUAUAUAGACAAUUUUAAGUUUUGUUAACGAGAGAUUUUUCUAUUUCUUCUUCUCUUGUAUUUCUAUUCUUCCUGUUAUGCUUUUAUGUAAACAUACCUCUCUGCUCAUGACAUCAUGACUUGCUUCCCAAGCUACAUUGCUCCUCCUCUUUCCAUUUUUCAUUUCAGUAUUAAUAGAUCAUUUAGCAAAAAUAUGGACGAUUUCGCCUUUUUUUUAAACGGAAUAUUUCUGAUUUCUUUGGAGUUCCUAUUUUUCUUGUAUUUCCUUUCUUCUCAGGUUAAUCCGGGUAUAUAUAUAUAUAUAUGUUUCUGUCUAACAGACAAAAAAAAACUACACAAAUAUUCUUCUUUCUUUUACUUUCAAUAGCUAUCUCUAGUUUUUUCUUUAAAAAACAUCAAUAUGAUCAUUGGUGCUUUAUAUCCUAUUGAUACUGUCGAACCCAUCCAUCCUGCUAUGAUAAUAACAAAACAACUGACAAACACUGAUUAUGUACAAAAUAUGGUGUUACCGAGAGAACAAAUUGAGUCAGUUCUCGCGGUGAUGGAUGGUGUUACAGAUGAGGGUUUAAGAAACGGUAAGGAAGUGGAUGUUUAUGAUGCAACGGAAGAAGACGAAUACAAAGUCACCAUAAAGCGUGUUAACGACGACACCAAAUAUGUUUUUGGAAAAGGUUGGAGCACAAUGAAGUAUUCUUUGGAUCUCGAAGAAGGCCAAGAACUGAAGCUCUACUGGCAUCGUGGUUACAAGAGAUUCAUUGUUCUCAAUUUUCAGUACACUCUUCUAAUGAUUUAAGUGUAGCGCACAUGCGUCUACCUCUUAGGUUUUUAUUAUUAAUUAAUAGCUCUAGUUAAUUAUGUUUUUGGAUUUCAUUCGUAAUGGCUCUAAUUAAUUAUUGUAUUUUAGAUUUCAUUCAUAUUUUCUUAGUUAAGUGUUAUUUUCCCUAAUUUUUAAUAAAUUUAAUUGAAAUAUCUUGAAUUUCAAAAAACAUAUCUGCGCAAGGUUAAUGAAAAUCAUCACAUAUACAAAAAAGGAACGUUGCUCCACUCGAUUCCCCCUCCCCCUCCCCAUCACGGACCCCCAUCACCAAUAUUCCCAAAUCUACGUUGUAUAUUUUGUAAAAGAUUUGUUCACCAUUAUCAUUUUUUUUAAACAAAAAAAAAUCAAUCAAAUUUAUAACUCAAUUUUUAAAACAAUA